AUGUCGACCACCUACAACGACGCUACUACCAAGUCACUUCGCCGCUCCAGUCGUGUCGCUUCACAGUCUCAGCAGCCCACCUCCCCUCCUGUCCAUAGCACUCCCAGGUCCCUGACAGCAAAUACCAACCCCGGCGGUACCAGCUCCAACAGACUCCUCUCCUCUCCUGAAAGGACGGCCUCGCCUCCCGAUCUCUGCCGUGGUUCGACGUCGUCGUCGCACAUUGCAACCACGCCGCCCACUCCUCCUCUCGACAACUCGGCUCCCGAGGUUUCGACCAAGCGUGCGCGUGAUGACAAGGAGACGGAGUGCAUCGAGGCCGAAGGUGACGCGCGGUCCAAGAGGGUUCGCAUUCGUGAGCCCGAGACCCCUUGCCCCACCGACUCUGCAAUCAAGAUCAACCUCCGUCUCGACCUCAAGCGUAUUCGCGAAGAGGACGUGGGCGACAUGGACGAGCCGACCAACGCCAAGAAGAUACGCACUGAGGCUUCAUCGUAUCUUCCUGUUACUCGCAAGGCUCGCGCCACUGCUGCCUCCAACUCAAAUGGUACUACCGUCGCUAAGUCCAAGUCCACUGCAACCAAGGGCAAGGGCAAGGGCAGCUCGACCGCCGCUGUCACCAUCACCAUCCCGCGCACCCACAAGGUACACCCCACACGCGGGCUUCCGCCCAACCUUCCCUCACCCGAAGCCUACCGUGCCCUGGACUUGAUGGCUGCUGCCACCAACUGGAUCGAGUCGAGCGACGCCGCUGGAGCCGACGCCGUAUUCGCGGCCAGGCUCUGCCAUCAUGGAGGUGGUGUGGCCCGUUACAUCCACCCCAAGAACUACAGCGAGGCCGACAGCUACGCCUACGCUGGCCAGUGGCUCGCCCGGAUCGCCGAGGAGAAGGAGAGUGAACAACAGGAGGCUGGAUUCAAGGAAAAGGAAAUCAAGGAGAAGGAACUCAAGGAGGAGGAACUCAAGGACAGGGAGAUCAAGGAGAAGGAGAUCAAGGAGAAGGAGAUCAAGGAGAAGGAGGUCAAGGAACUCGCGGAGCUCGCGGCGCUGAAAGAGCCGGCAGAGCACGGAGGUGCGGCCCCCGUGCAGGAGGCCUCGGAGUCAACGGCGUCUGCAGUUCAGGAGACCCAGGGAGACGUCCCUUUGUCUUCUGAGAUGGCUAUCGCACAGACCCACCGGCCCUUCGAGGUGUCCGUGCUCACCUUCGCCGCCGCAACCCCGCCCAGCUCCACCACCUCCCGGCCUACCGCGUUCACGUCCUCCGAGGAGCCCCGGGAAGGCAACGCGCUCCAGCUCGUCUUGGACAACACCCCCACCACCACCGCCACGGCCAUUCUGACCUGCUAA